AUGUCACUGAACCCUAUGGAAGAGUGCGCACCACAAGACAUCUUAUCAAAGGCCGACAGUAGUUAUUACUGGGAAAGUUAUUCCCACCCUGGCAUUCACGACGAGAUGCUGAAAGACCGUCACCGCACUCUUUCCUACAAGCGCGCACUUGUUCCCUCUUUAGUGAAAGAUAAAGUAGUGUUGGACGUUGGAUGCGGGACAGGAAUAUUGUCAAUGUUUGCUGCGAAAAAU